GAUGCGGCUCCAGGCCCGCCCCUCGCCGGGCCCCGCCUGCUGCCCUCUCCUCUAAACAGCCCCUCGCUCGCUUCCCGCCUCUGCGCUUGCCCUUGCCGCCGCCGUGUCCGCUGCGCGUCCUCCCGCUGCCGGUGCCAUGGAUGCCAAGGUCAUCGCCGUGCUGGCCCCUGUGCUGGCUGCGCUCUGUCUCAGCGACGGGAAACCAGUCAGCCUGAGCUACAGAUGUCCUUGCCGAUUCUUCGAGAGCCACAUUGCCAGAGGCAAGAUCAAGCAUCUCAUCCUCAACACCCCAAACUGUGCCCUUCAGAUUGUGGCAAGGCUGAAGAACAACAAUAGACAAGUGUGCAUUGACCCGAAAUUGAAGUGGAUUCAGGAAUACCUGGAGAAAGCUUUAAACAACCAGGUGCCGAGACCCCAGCGAGGAGGCUCAGGAGUGCCCUCUGCUCGGCUGCCUGACCUCUAGAGAAAAGAGGUUUAAUUUUUGGCUGAGGGCCAAAUAGUAAAAGGUUGCAGUCCCUGUGCAGGAAGUCCAGAGAACUUCUGCACCUUUUCCUUGGAUCCGACUUGACCUUCUUUGACCACUGCCUGGUGCUGUCGCCAUGGGCUCCUACCCUGGACAUUCAUCACCUUUCCCAGGUAGCACCCCCUUUUGCAGCUGGCUGUAAAUUGUGGGGCCCUGAUCCCCCUAUACAUCUCCCUUGUCCCAUUCCAAGGGAGCUCCAUAUUCCAUGCAAUCGCUCAGCUGUGCCAGGGGGACCCCCAUGACGCUCCCUAGAGAAAUUCUUCAAGUGCCCUAAGCAGACCACUCACAUGCCAAGUUGAAAAGCCCCACAGGAAACUUGUUAUUCUGCAACCUCGCUGGACUCUCAGUCUCUGAGCAGUGAGGGGUUCAGUGUUAAAUGUGAUAAAUACUGUAUUUUGUAUUGUUUAAUUUGCAUCUCCCACAUAAUGUGAAAAUGGUCCAGGAGAAGGCAGCUUCCUGUAUGUAGUGCGCUUUUUUUUUUUAACAAGUAACAACUCCUUUUGAGAAACAACAAUUCCUUCAUUGAAGUCAUAUUAAUGAAAGAUGUAUAUGCACUUAUAA